GAGAAAGAAAGCUACCCAAUUUCAGCUGUUUUAGCGUAUCUGUCCUUCUCAAUUCGGUUUUCACUUCUUAUUCGAUUUCUAAUUUUCAAAGUUUGGAUUUUUGGGGUAAAGUUAGUUAAAAUGCAUACAUAACGGGGGUAGAAUGUAAUUUAUAAAAUUGUAUUGGGUCUGUUUGUGAAUAAACCAAAACUUGUGGUUCUUCUCUGUCUCAACCUCAGUCGCCGAUCUUCAACAGUGGCUGAAACAAUAGAGAGAGAGCGAUACAAUGGCGAUGACACUUAUGAACAGAGCAAUCUCUAGAACCGAAACUGUUGGUGCUUUCAGUCUCUCGCUUAGUCUCUUAAGAAAUUUCUCUGCGGCGCCGUCGGCGGCAUCUACUCCGGCGAGUGAAAACCCUAGCUCCGAUUCGAAUAAACCUAAACGAAGAAAGAAGAAAAACUUAAUCGAAGUCGCUCAGUUCUUACCUAAUUGGGGAAUCGGAUACCAUAUGGCUAAAGCUCACUGGAAUGGAAUCUCUUAUGAAAUCACUAAGAUCAAUCUCUAUAAGGAUGGUAGACAUGGAAAAGCUUGGGGAAUUGUUCACAAAGAUGGAUUGCGAGCUGCGGAAGCUCCAAAGAAGAUAAGCGGAGUUCACAAACGUUGUUGGAAGUAUAUCCCAAACCUGUCAAAGACUACUCCUGCAACAACCACUGCUGAUGUUCAAGCUGCCUGAUCUGUUUACUUCCAUUGUUGUGGGUACUUCUUGAUCUAUCUGUUUGCGGUUUCUUUUUAUUGGGAAGAAGAUACAGUUGUUGUGACUUGAUAGUUUCUUUGAAUUCGUCGAUAGCUUUGUAGGAAAUGAUCCAUAAUCUACGGAUGAUGACCGAGUAUUCGUUUUUCUUGUUAAGACUUUACACUUCUUGAGUUAUGAUUUUGAUGAGCCAGCAUCCCUAAGCCUAGUGUUUAGCUACUAUAAAGUUUGAACUUGUUUUGUAGGAGAUCUGCUGGUUUUAAACAUGUAAUAAAUGACCUCAACUACGAUUGGCAGGUUUUAGUUUCUAUCAAAAUCCCAAAUUUUCAAUAUUGAAAAGUCUCCUCUUCAGC